AUGCCGCCAUCAGCUUGCACAAACUUCCCAACAAACACAACUGCUUCAAACAUUGCUGCUGUCGCAAUGAAUGCUGAAGGUAAUAUGGGAAACACCAAAAUACCGAAGACUAAACGGGGCGUUGAUAAUUCACUGAGAUAUCGAGUAGUGGAUGAGAUUUGUCAGGAAACUAAUCUAUAUAAUAUACUCGGUAUUGAGAGAACUGCAACUUCAGAAGAACUACGGAAGGCUUAUAUUAGUCGAUCACGAAUUUGCCAUCCAGAUAAAUUCCCUGGAUAUCCAAAAGCAACAGAAGCAUUCCAAAAACUUUCAUAUGCAUACGAAACACUAAAUAAACCAUCUAGUCGUCGUGCAUAUGAUGUAUCAGGAUCAAGCGAUCUUGGCAAUGCAAGCGGAAUGGGUGAUGAAACUUUACAUGGUGUUCUAUAUCAGAUUUCGGUGAAUAUGUCUGCAGUUGUUUUUGGAAUUCAUGGAUGGCGACUUCGAAAUGAUACGCGCCUUAAUGCGCUCAACGAGGGCAAUCCGAGUUUGAAUCUUGGAGAUGACGCAAUUGAAACCUUAGAGCACGCUUUUCGAAGAAUGAGGGAACUUCUCUUGGCCGGCCAAAAAUACAUCAAAAUUGUGCAAUUUGAGCUCAUGCGAGUAUACGAUCUCCAACAAGAACUUCGAUCGUUAUCAUAUUUCGAUGUUUUUGGACGACUACGACUGACCCUUCAACUAGCGCGUCUUACGCUAAGCAUCCCAAUGCUUAUUGAUCAAGCGAUGAAGCACGAAUUUGCAAUUAAUGGCGGCAAAGGCAAAUACCGAGGUCUACUAGGUGACGGUAUGGCAAAAGUGCUCGCCGGUUUAGUGACACUAUUGGAACGAGGAGAAAAAUUUGUAUAA